AUGUGUAUCUUUGACACUCUUGAAACUCUUGAGCAUAUUUUGUUACACUGUCAAUUCGCCAAGUCAGUUUGGUCAUUAACCCCAUAUGUUGACUUGAUUGCGCAAGAUAGUAAUUCUUCUAUCAGCCUCCAUGACUGGGUGGUCAAAUGGAUUACUGACAACAGUUUGAAAGACGAGGCUGCUGCUGUUUUCACUAUUGCUUGGAGUAUUUGGAAAGACAGAUGCUCUUGUGUAUUCCAAGGAAAAACCUUAAACCAUCAUGCUACUGCUAGAUUAGCAAUGAAACUGGUCACUGACACUGAGACCUAUUUAAAUGAUGCUAUAUCAAAAGAGUCUGUACAUGUACACUCUUCUGAAGAGAAAAAUCUUUCCACAAGCACCAAUUCUUUGCCAUCUGAUUGUGUGCUUGUUUUCAGUGAUGCUGCUUUUGAUAAAAAUACUAACUUGUUUGGUAUUUGUUUAAUCAUGUUAAACAUUGCAGGUUCUUUCAUUGGAUGCAAACUCAAAGCAGGGUCAGUGAGGAAUGCAGAGGAGGCGGGAAGUCUAGCAUUACUAGAGGCUGUGACAUGGGAAAAAGCUAAAAGCCUGGAGAAAGUUUGCUUCAUUAGUGAUGCUAAAAUAGUUAUAGAUGAUUUUAAUUCCACUAGCAACCAAUUAUUUUGGUAUAAUAAAUCAGUCUUAGAAGACUGUUACCAGUUCUUGCUUUCAUUUGGUUAA